AUGACCACUGAAGCACAAGAAGAAUUCGACAGACUUGUCGCCAACAAUACCCAUCGUGAAACCCUUCACCCUGAAGACCGUGACGACGCCGACUCCCACCACGGAUCUGACCUCUCUGAGGAAGAACAAUAUCGCAACGCCAGAAUCGAGGAAGCCAUGAGAAUGCCUACUGCCGCUGCCGAGCUUAAGCUCCCCCCCGCGUCAUUUGACAGCGGCCGUUCCACCGGUGUCAAAGGCGUCAUUGCCGAUGCCAGAAGCUAUGAAUCUGCCCGCAAGACGAAAUGGAGAAACCGAGCCAUGUCCGUUCGCAAGAGCGUCUUUGGUGCCCCCCGCUCAAGCGACAAACAAAGCGAGAGCGAGAGCGAAGAGGCCAUCUUCAGCGGUGGUGAUGACGACGAGGAAGAGCUGUUUUUGAGCCAGUGGAGAGAGGCCCGGAGACAGGAGCUCGAAAAGGAAGCCGGCCAGUCUAUUCGCACCAGAAGGACAAGCCCCAGCACGCGGAUCUAUGGCCGCAUGGAUGAGGUAGAUGCCUUGGGGUACCUGGAUGCCAUCGAAAAGGUGAACAGAGAGACGACCGUUGUUGUCUUUGUCUACGAUCACGAGAGCGAGGUCUCGUCAGCAAUCGAAUCAGUGCUGCUGCCACUGGUCAAGUCCAACCCAUCAGUUCAUUUCGUCAAGGUCCACUAUGAGGAUAUUGAAUUCGACAAUGCCGCGGUGCCUGCUCUUUUGGCCUAUCGAAACCAGGGAGACCUGUUUGCUAACCUCACUGGCAUUAUUGAGAUGAUGCCAGAUGACGAGCACUUUGGCGCCGAGUCUCUGGAAAAGGUCCUCAAGAAGCACGGCGUGCUGUGA